AACCCAGCCCUCAGCCUUGCCGUCGCACAAAAGCAACACGGCUCAUUGCUAUAUAAAUAACUUUGGCUGCCCUUCCACACACACACACACACACACACACACCGCCAAAAUGCUCUCUUCAUCAAGCACCGCCUUCAACCCCCGCAAGCGCCUCUCCAUCUUCACAAACUCGACUCUGGGCCACGACGUCAGCGCCGCCUUCAAGGCCUCCGCCAACCUCUCUCGCGCCUCGGGUUUCAACGAGACCCCGGCCCCACCCCCAUCUCCAGUCGACUUCAGCUUCCCCAGCACGCCCACCGAAAGCCGAAGAGGAAGCACCAACUAAAGCAAACAACUACAAAUACCCUGAUUCCUCUUCUUCACCAUUUGUUUAUUCUUCAUUAUUUC